AGGACAAAAUACACAAAACAUUAAAUGCGGCAGAUAGCAAAGUACGGUUAUAUUUACUAAUGAAUGUACACUGUAUUUGCUACAAGAAAAGAAAGAUUUUUAUUCAGCCCCGUUGUCGCUUUCCCCUUAGUUAGAUGAGCAGUAUUUUAGUCCGACAGAAAUAUGUAGUACGUUUGGGUGGGGCUCAAACCUCUUCACAGCGUUGCCACAUCACCCCCCAAUACAUCACUUUUUUUCAUUGUCAGCUACGUAUUAUUUGAAAUUGUGUAGCGUUUUCUAAACAUUAAAUUAGAUUUGGCAGCGUUAUGGCCAGGGAAAUCCCCGAGCGGGCCACGCCCAACCGGACUUCAUAGCUGAGUCUGAUUAUAGUAUUCCUCUGUGAAUCAAAAUUUGUUGUAUUCAAUAUUUGCCAGUUCCAGGGUACUGUGUAAAGAAAAUUGCCCUCACAAUGUAGGAGACAUUUUCUAGUUUGCAUUGUCUAUUCUAAUUAACUUCCUACAAGAGGAAGAGAAGGAGAGAAGACGCAAGGCUAUGGAAAAAUAUGGAAGUAGGUGAUGAUACCUCUCUCGCCCCAUUUUUCGCUCAGAGACAAUCAAUAAAUAACAUUAAGUCGUGACUCCAAUGACUGACUGAUUGAUGGUUUGAUGUUGCAAAGUUAUACAGCAAAGGAGAAGGGAUGUACACAUAGGUACAAUUUAUAAAUAAUAAAUUUGUCUUCCUUAAUAAAAUAUUGGAUAUUAAGAUACAAACUACAAAUAGGACACCCACACGCACAUUAGUGACAACAUUGCGCCGCUUGUUAUAUAAAGCUAUCAGCGAGAAAUAGCUAUAAAAGUUUAUCUCAACCUCAGUGCCCUGCUAACCCCCCAUCCAUUCUUCAAAACGUAUAGCGCCUGCUGUGCCACCUCAACAUGACGUUUAAUUCUUCAAACAGUUCAAAUGAUGAAAUCUGUAGUUUCUUAGUACAUAAUCAGUCGAAUCGACGAUUAAUCAAGUUAUUUACAGAAUUUGAUUCUAACCGGUAUUUGAAACCAUCACUUUGUUGAUUUAUGGUUAACAGGGAUGCAAGUUCAAUAUGCUCUUAUAUUACUUUGUUGAUUUAUGGUUAACAGGGAUGCAAGUUCAAUAUGCUCUUAUAUUACUUUGUUGAUUUAUGGUUAACAGGGAUGCAAGAUCAAUAUGCUCUUAUAUCACUUUGUUGAUUUAUGGUUAACAGAGAUGCAAGUUCAAUAUGAUCUUAUAUUUUUGCUUGAUGGAUUUUUUGUGCAAUUUCAGCUGUUUCAAUCUGACUUAGCUAAUAAUUCAAAUUUACAUUUUGCAAUGAAAAUAUGCUCAUUAUUAUUUAUCUUUUUUUCCAAUUCGCUUUUUAUCGUACACUCCUUAUCACCACUGCUUUACCUUACUGAUUAUGCAUGAGAAGUUAAAUUACAAGGUGAAGUGGAACACUUAACAAAAGAAUGUAAUUAUUAUAUCAAAUUAAUAUUCACAUGAAUAAAAGUUUGAUGAAUGAAUAGGGAGUCCCGUGCACCACACCAUGAGUGCAACUGUGGUGAUAAAGGUCGGAGGGCAAGGCUACUCUGUGCAAGGUAGCAAGCAUUGUAUGGUGCGCGGUGACCCGGCUCAGCCUGCACGCCACAUCAGCAGGGCAGUGGCGGGGCCACAACUCGACAUGCUCCGCUAAAAUCAAUGACGGCUAUUCGGGGAGUGGCGUUUGGUGCAUGGUGCAUGAUGGAUUUGCUUCUCCGGCCAACAGUAGUUCACGCUCGGGUUCGAAUCCUGAGCUGGAGUCACGAUGAGCAUUCUUGAAUACAGGUAGGAUGUCGAGCAUCAACACUGAGGGACGAGUCUUCAGGAACCCGGAAAACAGCGGCCACUCGAGAACUCACCUCACUUGUUCAAUCAGGCAUUUGAGUCAUGCAGCAAGAAGAAAGGAGUGCAUCGAUGAUAAUGGUAUUGAAAAACGAGUGAGUUGGUUUGCAAAUUCUGGCGGGAGAGGCGGCGGCUUGCAGGGGAGAGGAAAAGACCGGUGAAAUUUUCCAAUACAUGAUAAUACGACUGGGACACUAAUAAAGCUUCACCAUGGAUGUCCUGACAUCUGCUGCUGAUGCAGUAUUUAGCCAUGAUAUGGAGGAAGGACCUGGAGAGAGUUCAGUCCACCGCACUCCAAGCAAGAGGAGCCGUGAGGUGCUCUCAGAGGUCACCCACACCAUCAACAUUUCACCAGAGAAACUUCACAGCUCUUCUCUGCAGUCACUGUUCAUGGCUUCUGCCAUCAAGUACAGCAGCACCAAGACACAGGGCUCUGCAGGGAAUCCUUUGACUUCAAGUGGAAACAGCAAGACCAUCUCUCACUUGUCUCCCAUGAUGACUGCCGUCAGUCCAAGCAGGGAGAAAGUGAUGGGGAGGAGCCCAAUCACUCCCACCAGUAACCUGAAGCUGCUCACUCGUAUUGCCUCAAUGGAAGAGUCAUUCUCCAGUAAAAAAAUGCUUUUCCAUAACAAAUGUAUAGGCAACAAACUGGAUGAAAACUCCCUUGUAUUGAAGCCCCACAUAACCCAGACUAAGUCCCGCCAGAAACCAAAGCUGCAGCGGUACAAUAGUGACAGUGUUAGCACUGGCCGGGCCAGUGGCAAAGCUUCAUCAGCCAGCAGGGCGGUUCUCAAGAAGCACUGCAGCAUUGACGAUCACUCCCAGGGGGUGGCGGGGCUGGGUCACCUUGCUCCACUUGAUGAGGUUAUCACUCGACCCACAGAAAGCUCCAGGAAGGAUAAAUCUUUGGGGCUGCUUAGUGAAAAGUUCUUGGAGCAUUUCCCAAUGGAGGUCUCAUUUCUGGAGACGCCGCGCCGCAUGGUGAUUGACGAGGUGGCCACAAUACUGGGGACGGAGCGACGGCGAGUGUAUGACAUCAUCAAUGUUCUGGAGAGUCUCAACAUGGCAGCGCGUGUCCAAAAGAACAUGUACCAGUGGAUGGGCAAGCUGUACCUUGAGGAAACACUAGGGAGACUCAAGGCCAUUGCAGUCAAGCUGAACCUCAGGACCCAAAUGCAGGCUCUUCACACUAGUUCAGCAGAGGGAGAGUUUAAGACUCCGCAGUGGAAGAAGACGAGCUGGAACAGUGAUGGGGAGAAGGUGGAUUCACGACGAGAGAAGUCUCUGGGCAUCCUGUGUCAAAAGUUCCUGAUGCUAUUACUAGUCAGUCCUGAGCGUUACCUGCUCUCCCUUGAUGAUGCACUCAAAAUGCUGAUGGGGGACAUGUGCGAGGACACUGAUCGCCUCAGAACCAGAGGCAGAAGGCUGUAUGACAUUGCCAAUGUCCUCACAUCCCUUGGCCUUGUCCAGCGCAUACCUCUUGCCAAAGGCUUCCGAUACAUUGGCCCUGAGGUUGAACCUAUACCUAGUGAUGAAGACACUGGCAUGCGCCUCCGCCACUCACUGCUGCCGUCCUGCCUGUGGGCUGGGGAAAGUACAGGGAAGGAGAACACAACCUGUCCUGCUGACCACGACGUGACUCCCUCAGCUGCACCUCCUCCUGCCCCAAAGAGGGGACGCCCUCGCAAGCUGUCUACUGAUUUCUCAGCAUCACUCAUUCCAGCUGCCAAACGAACCAGACUUCAGAGGACCCGCAGCGAGGACAUCAUGGCAGGCAAGCAGACUCGCAGGUUUACCCGCCACCCGUCGCUGCAUGAAAUUUGCCAGGUGGCUGAGGUGGAACGAGAAAAGCUACUGCUGAAGGAGCAGCAGCAGCAACGACAACAGGAAGAGCAGCAGAAAAGUUCUCCAAUUGUGAAACCUAUUCCAUUAAUCUUGAAAAAGGUGGCUGAGGUGGAACGAGAAAAGCUACUGCUGAAGGAGCAGCAGCAGCAGCGUCAACAGAAAGAGCAGCAGAAAAGUUCUCCAAUUGGGAAACCUAUUCCAUUAAUCUUGAAAAAGGAAAACAAUGCAUCUGUCCAAAAGCAAGGAUUUCUACCGACAAGUUCAGCAGUGGCACCAAACCUCACUGCCACACUGCACCAGAAAUACUUCCCUCAACGCACAAAGAAGAUCCCAGUGGCUCUCACUUUCAAGAAAUAUAAUGAAGAUAAUACCCGAGAAGGCCACACCAUCGUGCCAAUCAACAUUACUCAGAUUCCAAGGACUUCAGAGGUGAAGAUUGAGAAAAGUUCACCUCAAAUGCAGACUUUUAAUCACAGUCUUCAGAGUGAGCAAAAACCAAGUGAAGCUUUCCACUCACUUGGAGUCUCCAGAGGCUUCACUUACUUAACUACACCCAGUCAGCCAGUGAACAAGAUCCUGUUAAAGAGUUGGAACCAAGAGACCUCAGCUGUUCCUGUUGUGGUCCCCAGAGAGCCACAACAAAAUAACUCUCCAUCAGUGAUCAGAGUUGUUACAAACAUGGGAGGUGCCACCAAGCAUCACCGGGAGCCUCCCAAAGUGUACACUUUCCACUCUGCCUCUCAGACACACAACCCAAACCCAGCAGCAAUAAAGCAGUAUGUGUUGCAGGCAGGUGGAAGCCUUCAGCAGGUGUCUCCCAGGAGAGAUAGCAAUGGGCAGGCUGUGUUGGGUCAUUCUCAGAUUGGUGAAGGCAUUGGUGCCUUCAGGGACCAAAGCUACAGUAAGCCAAGUUCCUAUACAGUGUACACUAUUUCUGGGAGUCAGUUGCUCUCUUCCACUCUUGGGGAGAGGCCUCAAUCACAUGGUGACUGUGGUUCCACAUCCAAGCCUUUUGUGACCUCCAACUGGGCAGACAACACAACCUCCAAUGGGAUGAAUGUCCACCAAGAAGGUCAUCAGGCCACUAAUGCUUUCACACACCUGACUCCAAGAACUCUCCAUACAUCUAGGGAUCUACCUGGGGUUGAGUGCCAGGCGUCAUCUGAUGCGUCAAGCACUGACAGUGAGCUGGAAGAGAUAUUUGGGGACUGUUUCAGGUUUACACGACCCAAAAGUCUUGCAACUGGCAGCAAUACUAGUCAAGAUGGAGCCACAGGCAAUGCGGUAGGAUUAUUGUGACCUGCUCUGGUAGUAGUAGGACUGAUAGAUGAUUAGUAACAAUCAUUGAUACACCUAAACUUAGUAAAUCUGGUGUAGGUUCAGAAAAUAAUUAGUGAUAAACUUCUAUAUUUGGAACAGCUCUGAUGAUUCAAAAUCCUUGAAAAUGUUCCUUACAAAACCAACAUUUGAGCUCAAGAUGUUUAUGUGGUUAACCUCUUCCCAGCAAAUCACACAAGCACACAUUUUAUCUACAAAUAUUAUAAAUUUGGUCUGCUUUACACAGACCAUGCAAAGACUGCUGCUUAGUCACUUCCAAUCUCAGCACAUCAGCAGAAGGAAAGGAAGAGUAGGGUAAUUAACUUUUAUUGUUUUGGACUUUUGGAACAUUCUUUUAUCCAUAAGGAAUACAGUGUAGAAAGAUUUUAAAGCAUCAUUUGACAUAUCAUUUAACACUAGUCUGCUUCACCUCGAUAUUAUGACAUGAAGCCUAGAUAGGAUUUGAAAGCAUGCUGGUGAUAAGAUAAUGGCUGUGGCCUCUAAUUUUUUUUUAUUUAACUGCUUACAUUUUCUUUGAAGCUCAUAUUUUACCAACACUGAUUCAGACACAACUAUAUUCAUUCAUGGGAAAAAAAACAUACUUUAUUUUGACCUAUGCCUGUGAAACAUUGGGAUUGAAUGAAUUACAACUAGAAAUAGGUUACUUGAAGUGAGCAUGUGAACUAACAUGGAGCGAGGUGAGCUAUUGUGUGUGAUGAAGAUGUGGUAUGGAUAUGAGACCAAGUGGUGGUAUGUCAUGUGCAGAGUGGUGAGAUGGAUAAAGCAUAAACCAUUGAGACCAUUCAGACAUGUUAUGAGAAUGCAAAUGGUGAUUUUGUAAAGUGCAUGAGAGUCAAAAGCAGAGAGCCAGGAGUGGCAGGGAGACCUGUAAUAUGGUGAACCGAUAUGAUUGAGGAAUAGAUGAAUGAGUAAAGAGGGAAAGGUGUGUGUGACUGAUGCAUAAAAGGGAGAACUGGAGACUUUAGGCUUGGUCACCACUCAUGGCCAGCUUUGGGAAAAAGCAGGGUCUCUGGACUAUAGACAGAUUAUGACAUUUUGAAAGUGAGUUACAGAAAUGUGAAAUUAAACAUUCAUGUUAAGAUGGAGUUGCUUCAUGUGACUUGUCAGGAAGACGUCUGCAUACCAGCUUGCUUUCAAAUCUUUGAUAAGGCUCAGAUGUCCUCACUGCUUGCUGGAAGAGCAUCUUAGGAUGACUUAGAAAUGUUUGUUUAAUGUUUUAUAAUAUUUUCAAAACUAUUUCUAAAUAAUUAUAAAAACCGGGGUAUGAGUGACUGAGUGUUGUUAAUGUUACCUAAGUCAUUUUUAGAUUUAUAAAGGUUGUUAAUGUAUUAUACAUUUGAAGAAACAACAUGGAAUAUAUUUAUAGUGUUCUCCUUAGUGUUGUUAUUUGUUUGUAGCAUUUUAAGCUUUUUCUCAUUUUACGAUGCCCAUGCUCAUGUGCAUAAUUUUAGUAUAGGUUGAUAUUAGCUGUUAUGAUUGCCAAGUAUGCAUUUGAUGUUGGAGAGAAAGAUUUCUUUUUAUUUAUUUUUAUUUUACUUCAGGUAAACAUAAUUUUGGCAAAAGUAUAUGAUAAGAAAACUAACGAUAUUACUUUAGUCUGAAACAGACAAGAUUUAAAACUAGGUACACUGACAGUAUUACAAUCAUUAUUUCCUAUGUAUUCUCCAUGGGGACAUGUUGUUUGUGCCCUUGGGACAUAGCUAACCUGUUGUCUAGUACUUUGGUGUUAGCAACCUCAUGUGCUCCUAUGAUAAAGGAGUUUAGGAACUUGGGUGUAGAAAUCUUGCUCUCCUCCAACUUCUUCCUCAAAAAUAGUCCAGUCACAAUCUUUACCUGUGGUUGUCCAGGGUCUGGCAUGUCUCAGACAGGCAUGUGUGUCAGUAUGGUUGUGUGGAAUGCAAGUUAAUGGUGACUGUUUGCAUGCAUGAAAGUGUUUUGUACUGAUAUUCAUUUCACUUGGUAAUCUUUCCUCUGACUGCAACAUUUUUCUUGUUUUCUAGUCUGUGGUUUCUUCCUUACUUAUUGUGGUGAGGGGGUGAUAAUAUAUGUACAUAAUAUGUGCAUUAAUUAUAUUACAACAUUGAAAACAAGUAAGGAUUAAAGAUGGAAGCAACCUAACUCAAAUCUUAUCUUGGCCCUUCAGAAAGAAGUGACAUUAUACUAAAUUAAAAUGUGAAAUUGGGAUCAUAUGGUAUGAGCUGUGCGUUGUUGCAGUCCUCAUCUCCGUACUAUAGACCUUGACCCUUGAGCCUGUGGUGAGUGAGAACCCAUUAACCUGGGACACAGGGCCUGGGCAACAUCUGGGUUACUGCAGUUUAUCCCCAAGUUUCCCCAGCAACCAACCUGAAGGGAAGGCUGAACAGUUGGGUGGGUUGUUAACUGACAGCCCAGGCAGGGAUUCGAACCUUGGUCUGCAGAUUUGUGGUUAGGCAUGCUAACCACUGCACCACAGAGAUGCGUAACAUUCUACUGAUAUCUAUGAAAUAAUGUUGGAAACAUUGAUUUAUACAAAUAUUUUGGAGAUUAAUAGCCCCUUUAAAAUUCAGCUUCAGAUUCUUUAUUUCUUUUUUUUUUUUCUUUUUUUUUUUUUUCUUUUUGAGAAAUUUAGUCUUGGAACCAGAUCUGAGCUUAUCCAAUGUCUGGUAAACCAUGACAGACAUGUAUGUGUGUGUGUUAGAGAGAGAGAGAGAGAGAGAGAAUUUUUUGUUGUGAUGCUACAUUCUCAACUUUCCAUGUUUCCUAUAUCUGAAGCCCCUUCAUCAUGGUCAGUUCAGGAAACAGGCGACAUAAUAUAUCAAAAUCUCUGCUGAUAAUUUAAUGCACACCUGUUACGAUCAUAAAACAGCAGCAGCAAUAAUGAAGACUGGAUCAGUCAGGAGAGAUUUUCAAAAGACUGACAUAGUAGCAAAUAACAUCCAUGUUUUUCUAGUUGAAUAUGAAAAUGCUUGUUAGUAAAAAUUUAAUGUGGAUUUUUUUUUUUUUUUUUUUAAGUACAAAGCAUGUAAUAGAUUUCUGUGAUACAGUUAAGAAAGUUGUACAAAUCAUUUGUGUUUCAGGUUUGUCACAUCAUGAUAGUUUUAUCUGAUCUCAAAGUAUUGCCGGUCGAAUUAGUUAGCUUUGAAAGUCUCCCUUUGGGUAUUAUAGUUGGUUUCAUAAACUCAUUUCAACACACACACACACACACACACACACACACACACACACACACAGAAAAAGUCUAGUAUAUAUACUGGACAGGUAAGGCAUUUACAAGAUAUUUAUGUUUUACUCUUGUGCAAUGGAAAGCUAAAUUUAUAUUUAAAAAAAAAAUGUAUAUUUAGGUGAUUAAGGUUAGAAGCAGAUAUAAGAAACGUGAUGAUUGGGGUCCAGACAGGAGGCAGCCCCUUGUUUUGUGCCUUGAGCUGUUCUUGCCCUGUGCAGCACCUUCGGUAUGCAUGCACUAGACUUUAGUGCUGACAAGCUCCUAAGACUGAUGCAUGUUUAUUCUGAUAUUGAGUGCAUGAAUGUAUUUGUCAUGCAGAGUCUGGAGGCAGCAGCUGUACACUUGAUCUUGUAUAAAACUUUUGAAACUUA